AUGUUCUAUCAGCAGCGAGCAAUGCGUCAGAUCUCGGAAAUUUCCUACGUGGGAGGUUUUAAAUUGAUAAGGAUGUCAACUAGUCGAGAGGGCGAGACUGCGGUGACCAUCCCACUGCAGUAUAAUGAAGCUCAUUGGAAAGCUAUCUUUGAAAAGUACGAUCUCGAUGGAGAUGGAAAGAUAUCACUCCAAGAACUAAAAGCAAUGAUACAUGGUCCAGAUUUUUCCAAGGACAUCCCUGCAGGGGUAAUCCGCACAAUAAUGCGUAAAGCGGAUCUGGAUGAAUCUGGUUACUUGGAAUAUCCAGAAUUUAUAGCAAUGAUUCAUAGAAAGGACAUGCAAGGUAUAUUCGGACACCUCGUGCAACGAUACGUACACUGUUUGGUACCUCAACGACCAACUCACGCGCUACGACAAACUUCCCUUGGCUCGAGGUAUUAUCCCCAGCGACAAAUCAGUAUUGUAAUGCACGCACCACCUUCUCCUCCUCCUUCGAGCUUUGGCGAUUCUCCCCAGGCUAUAAUUAAAAGCAGAUGCCGUUCUGCACGUUUUACUGGUCUACAGCAACAAACAAGUACAAUAACGGAAUCUUCUCUAUACUCUAGCGAUUAUCCAGAUGGACUGUAUGAAGAAGAGUACAGUUGUCGACCGCCAGCUGUAGCAAUGAUUAUCAUAUCGAUAAUAGAAAUCAUUUUGUUCAUGUAUGAUGUGAUUAAGCACAAAUCUCUUUCUGUAGAAGGACCAGCGGCUCAGUUAUUUAUUUAUAAUCCGCACAAGCGAUACGAAGCCUGGCGGUAUAUAACAUACAUGUUUGUACAUGUCGGAGUCUUUCAUUUGGUCGUUAAUCUACUGGUACAAAUCAUGUUGGGAAUUCCACUGGAGAUGGUUCACAAAUGGUGGAGAGUAUUGUUAAUAUAUAUAGCUGGAGUACUGGCUGGUUCCCUUGGUACGUCCGUUUCAGAUCCAACGGUUUACCUAGCCGGUGCAUCGGGUGGAGUAUAUGCGCUAAUCACUGCUCAUGUAGCGACCAUCAUAAUGAACUGGUCACAAAUGGAAUUUGCUGUUUUACAACUAUUAGUGUUCCUUGUUAUCACAAGUGUCGACAUCGGUCAAGCCGUGUACAAUCGUUACGUGCUUGAUACCAACGAUCAAAUCGGCUACGUGGCCCAUUUAGCCGGUGCUAUAGCAGGUCUUCUAGUAGGUAUAAAUAUUCUCCGAAAUCUCGAGGUACAAACUUGGGAGAAAGUUAUUUGGUGGGCCAGUAUAAUUACUUACACGGUUCUCAUGACCGCAGCUAUUUUGUGGAAUGCAUUAUACCCUUCAUAUUACAAAUGAUAUUCGAAUCAGUAUUUAUCUCGUUCGAGUUAUUUGACAACAUACAUACACACAUUGAUAGAACCAAAUUUAUUAUUGAAAGAAAAAUAACAUGUCUUGAAAUUGUAGCUAUAUAUGCAUGAAAUUACUAUAUAUUUUUAUACGUUAGUUGAUAUAAAAAUAUACUCGCGUUAUAUUAUUUUAUAUUAAUAUAAAUUUUUAAUAUAAAAUAAUAGAGUCUUAGAAUCGAGCAAAAUAGUUUAUAUUUUCGUAUAAACUUUAUUGCGAAAGAAUAAAACUAGUAUUUGUAAUAAAAAUAUAGUAAAGUAAUUUUUUAAACACAGUAUUUUCUAAGUACACAUUUUCGAAAGCAAAUAGUAGAACAACAGAUUCUGUGAUACUUUUGCUACAUAUAUUAAAUGCAUGCAAUCAUUUGCAAGUUCGACAAAUUGAAAGAUGACAUCGAAACUGUGCGCGAAAUAUCAAUAUUUCUAUUUUAGAACUAUUGUUUGAAAAUGCAUGGAAAAAACUACCUCUAUUUAGUAUUGCAUAACAAUCUAUCACGCACAUAAAUUAUCAAUUAAUUUUUCAAUAAUACUUCAUGCAUUAUACAAAUACAUUCUAUUAUUUAAUAAUUCAAAUAAUGUACAGAAUCUGAAAUCUAAAUUAAAUAAUACCGCAAUGUACUGAAUUACUAACAUUCUAAAAUUCACACAUACACACACAAAAUCAUUUUGUCCAAUUUUUCCAUUUAAAAACGUGCCUUGUGAUUAAAAUAGAAUUAAGAAGAUCCUUUUAAGAUGUCUUUUCUUAAACAGUUGUUAAAUGCAAAAAAAUAUAUAAUUCAAAAUUUGUAUGUAUUUUGCAAUUAUAUAUUCAUGUAUUUUAUGAAUCGUUACUUAUUAGAAAUAUGAAUAAUGUUAUACUCACAGAUACAAAAUAGUGUGUUAACAUUUUUGGAAGAUUUAUUUAUUUUACCUUAAAUUUAUAUGAAUAAUAUACCUGAGCACAUGGUUUAUUUUAUGUACCUGAUUUGCACGGAUAUAUUAAUUUAUAAAACAAUUACUAUUUCGAAUACAUAACGUCAAAAGAAGUAAUCAGAACAGUCAGCUUUAUAACUUGUGUUCACGAUACAAAUAUUGGAAACAAGAUAUUACUUUGACAUUUUUUGAACAAAGGAUAUCUGUGAAUAAUUGUUUUAAAAAAUGUAAACUAUAAUUAAUCUUUAAUUGGGACUGCAACUAUCCACUUGUAAUAGCUCCAACUUAGUAAUAUUUAUAAAAAGAAUAAUUGUAUAAAUGUUUUAAGAUUUCUAUAUUUUAUCUAAUCGAGAUAGUGCAGCUAUUUAUAUCUUCCUGGAAACAAUUGUUUUUAUUAAUUUGAAAAAUAUAACAAGUAAGGCUGCUAUUACAAA